UGUAGCAGCCACACAAUUAGAAAUUGUCUAUAUGUGUGACAAACUAUUUAUCAUUCAGCAAUUCUUGAAAAUGUCACCAAGACUCUCUAUACAUUAAUCUCUCAUCUCUAGUUUUCAGAUUGCAAAGAAUUCUCCCACUCUCUAUUUCUUUGUAAGUAGCGGUUAGUGAGCAAAGGUCACAGAAACAGUAGAACCAAAAACUAGACCAUGGAAACAAGCACGGAAACCCAGGGAGCGCUUGCGGCCGAAAUUUGCAUUUCUAUUGAGAAUCAGAGUGCAGAAAAUGACAUGAACUUCCAUGUAUACCGACCUUUAUUAUUACGCGCUGCGGUGGAAGGUAAGUGGGAAUUAAUGAGGUAUUUCGUAACAAAUUUUCACCGCUCAGUGGAAGUUCCAAUCACGACAUGCGGAAGGACUGCAUUGCAUGUUGCAACUGGUGCAGGACACUCGGUAUUCGCAUUAGAACUGCUCAAACAUAUGUCAGUGGAAGCACUUGAACUGAAAGACAGUUAUGACGGUAAUACGGCUCUUCAUCUUGCUGUUAUUGCUGGGCUUGAAGAAGUUGUUAAAGAAAUGGUAAAACUACAUAGAAACUUAACACGUAUAGACAACAAAAAGGGGUUAAAUCCACUAUUCAAUGCUGCUAUCCAUGUCGGUGUAGGACAUACAGAAGUAAUAAGAUUCCUUUGUGAUGUUAUAAUGGAAGAUGGAGAAUCAAGUUCUUUUCGAGGUCAUUUGGGAGCUCGACUCAUAUGCAACGUAACUCGUGCUGAUUUAUACGAACUGGCAUACAAUCUAAUCGGUAAACACCAAAGUUUAGCAACUGCGCGAGAUGACGAUGGCAACACUAUGCUAGAUGAGCUAGCAGAAAAGGGUUAUACGAUUCCAUGGCCCUCUGAUCCACCGCACUCGGCACUGUCUUUCCCAUCAAAUAUUCAGGAGUACGAAAAUACGGAUAAGCCAUCUACAUGUCUCAAAGUGCAGUACCUUCUCAACCCCGAAUUUCAGGAUUUUAGCCGUGAACAAUAUAGAUCUUCUAUUAUCUUGGAAUUGGUAAAUAAAAUUUUUGAGAAAAUUUCCUGCAUGAACGAGGAAGACAAGCGUCGUUUUUUCUACGAUUCGAAAUUCCUUAAAACUGCGGCAAAAACAGGUUCCAUUGAAAUUGUAAAAAAGUGCUUUUCAACUUAUCCGGAUCAGUUUUGGAUUCCUCACGAGGGGAGAAACAUACUUCAAAUAGCCGUCGAAAACAGACAAGAUAAUACCUUUGAUUACUUGUGCGGUCACAUGAAAGCAGAUGAGAAGAUUUUAACUACUUGGAUAGUAGAAUCAAACGGCGGUAAUAUAUUACAUGUUGCUGCGAAAAUUGCGCCUCCUGCUCGACUAAAUAUUUUUAAAAGUCCUGUCAUUCAAAUGCAUAGUGAGAUAAAAUGGUUUAAGAAAGUGGAGAAGAGGGUAUCACGUGCUUUACGAAAAAUGAGAAAUGAUCAAGGAGAAACUCCUGAAGAGGUUUUCACUCGGGAGCACAGAGACUUGGUGAAAAAAGCCGAGACAUACAUGCUACGGAUAGCCGAAUCAUGUCUAGUAGUGGCCGCUCUGGUAGCUACAGUUGCUUUUGCAGCACCAUUCACAUUGCCCGGUGGAAAUUACAGUGAUGAUGCAGCUAACAAAGGAAAGCCAAUAUUUUUGGAGAAAAACUCAUUCGUCGCAUUCAUGGUGGUAGAUGCUCUGGCUCUGUUUUCUUCAACUACGUCGAUUCUUGUGUUCUUAUCUGUCUUUACUGGGAGUUGUGCAAAAAAAAGUUUUGAGAUAGUAUUGCCGAGAAAGCUGGCCAAGGGUCUUCGAUUUCUCGUCGUGUCAGUAGUGAGUGUGAUACUUGCAUUUACCAUAGCUAUUUCCAUCAUACUUGGGAAUAGAUAUGUAUGGGCUCCAUAUGUGAUAGGGGUGGUUGCCUUUUACAGUACUUUCUAUUUAUCUUCGUACCCUCUAUGGUACUUGUUUAAGGAAUUGAACCACGUCUACGAUGAAGGCCCUAAAUAUGGAAGUUUAGGCGGACGUGCAUCUCAAUGGUUUCAUGUUCUUCAAGGUCGCAUGCAGUCGCUAGUGGGCUCACUAGCUGCCUAUUGUCCGAAGUAAAACUGGGAAUCGUAGAAAAUGUUAUUUCCAUUUGUUGAUUUUCUUUACUUACCGACCAAAAAGAAAAUGUGUAUUGAUAUAAGGUUUUUCAUAUUCUUAGUCUACGACUAUGCUUUUUUCCGAUUUAUCGGGUAAAAUAUGAUUCCUAUACUACUUGGUUAAUAGGUAUAUUUAUAGAUUAGAUAGUACACGGAGUGUGACUACAGAAAAAGAGAAGAAAUACACUACACUUUAUUCUUAUA